CUGCGUCCUCAAAGCCAGGGCUUUGCCGGUGACAAGAUCUUUCAUCGCUGUGAAUGCCAUCUUGACCUCCCUUGGAUCUUGCGAAAGUGCCCUCCUAUUGUUCUGCAGCAUGUGGUAAUAUCUUUACCCCAAAUUGCUCUCGGAGCGGUUCACCGCAGGCAAGAGUCGAGCGGCGUGCGGGAUGGAGAGCGGUCUGGCCGGGCGUGGUCACGGGGAUGUGGAGAGGGCCGUGCGAGAGGCCGAGACGGAGAUCAGGGGCCUCCACAACGAGCAGGACAGAUUCAUGCUGCACUACGACGAAAGCCUGCACAUCGAGGUCCAGCUCAGCCAUACAUCCCCGCUGCAGACCCCAAGUGACCAGCUGAGAGACCAGAGCCUGCGGCAGCGGCAGGCGACCCUGGACACCCUGCUGCGGCAGCAAGUGCAGACCAUCGUGCAGUUGCGCAUGACCGUGGUGGAGAGGCUGCAGACGUGCACGAUGCUGCUCAACCAGAUGCUGUCGUGUCUCCUGGAGGACAAGCUUCCGCAGUGGCAGCGCAAGCAGCAGCUGGCGGCCAUCGGAGGCCCUCCCGAGGGCAGCCUGGACGCCCUACAGGAGUGGAGCGAGUGCAUGGCGGACGGGGUGAUACGAGCCAGGCAGCACCUCAAGCGAUUCGAGUCCUUGCUGCAGCAACUGGCACUGCCUGGUCCGAGCCCCGACGCUCUGCUCAAUCUCAACAAUAACCUGGCGCGUCUGCUCUCCGACAUCGCCACGAAGACGCUGGUGAUGGAACGUCAGCCACCGCAGGUGCUCAAGACGCAAACCAAGUUUGGCUGCAGCCUGCGCUUCUUGGCCGGAAGCAAGCUGGAGCUGACGGGGAGCCUCCCACACGUGCACGCCACCAUCGUGAGCGAGGCGCAGGCGCGAGCCCUCCACGUUGGACACCACCCACGCAACGAGGUGAGCGGCGAAAUCCACAACAACAAUACCGUCAUGGAGUACCAGCAGGGAUCGGGAGCGCUGAUGGCAAACUUCCGCAGCAUGCUGCUGAAAAAGAUUCGACGCUCGGACCGACGCGGCUCAGAGUCGGUCACCGAGGAGAAGUUUGCAAUCCUCUUCCAGGCAACGCUCAACACUGGGGACGGCGAGUUCAUGCUACAUGCCCAGGUGCUGUCCUUACCUGUGGUGGUGAUUGUCCACGGGAGUCAGGAGAACAACGCCACCGCCACGGUGCUGUGGGACAAUGCCUUCUCCGAGCCGCGCCGAUUGCCCUUCCAGGUGCCAGAAGCGGUGCCCUGGAGUCGCCUCAUGGCUGUCCUGGAUAGCAAGUUCCGCUCGGAGGUGGACAGCCCCACGGGACUGUGCACCGACAGCGUGACCUUCCUCGCCCACAAGGCCUUCGGCUACUCAAGCGGGGCCGACGACCUCGCUGACCGCACCAUCUCCUGGGCGCAGUUUAACCGGGAAAACCUUCCCGGUCGCACCUUCACCUUCUGGCAGUGGUUUGACGGUGUCAUGGAACUCACCAAGAAGUACCUAAAGAGCCACUGGAACGACGGGGCCAUCGUGGGUUUCGUGAGCCGAGCGCAGGCACAGGACAUGCUGUUGUCACUGCCCGCGGGCACCUUCCUGCUUCGCUUCAGCGACUCCGAGAUUGGGGGCGUCACCAUCGCAUGGGGGGCGCAGAUGCCCGGUCAACCAGGCGAGCGGAUCGUGUGGAACGUGAAGCCGUUCACGGCGCGCGAGCUGGCCAUGCUGCCCCUGGCUGACCGCGUGCGGGAUCUGGACAGCCUCCAGCUGCUGUACCCGGCCCGGCCCAAGGACCAUGCCUUUGCCAAGUACUACAGCCCGCCGCCGGGAAAUAAUCUGAAUGGAUACAUUGUGCUGGGCAUCCGCCAGGUGCUGCCAGGGUUCUCCAUGCUGCCCCCGGGGCUCCCAGGGACCCCCUGCACCUCGUACGCGUCUGAUGAUACCGCCGUCACCGCCGCCGCCGGCACCAGCGCCGCCGGCUCCCCGGGCAGCACCGCGCGUGCCCUCUUCACCAGCUUGGGUCACAACUGAGCUGGCGCAGUGUGUACUGAAGCGCGCUGCGCGGAAACGGACGGAGACCCAGGCCGGUCACGGCGGGCUGCUUCGUGGGGCUGCAUCGCGUCACGGCGCGUCACGGCGCACCCCUGAUGGACACGCAUCCAAGGUGGAAACCGGACAACGCCGCCGAUGGCCAGAACGAUGACCGAAUGGGCUCAUGCUUGCCGUGUUUCCAAUUCACACCUGCGUCCAAUGCUCGUCGAGAAGCUCCAAGAGCUGCCUCCGAUGCGACGGAUGUGAGCAUCUAUCUACCUUCAGCAAGCCUACCAGGUGUCGUUAAGGACCGAACAUUUUUGCCACCAUUCCACGGCGUAAUGGACCACGCCACGCGAACAGCACCAGUCCUGAGCCCUAAUCGCAAACACCGCCAUGCUGCGGCACGGUAGAGCAAUGCCCGGGGCUUGCCACGUGGCGCUAUGAUACAGGAGACCUCUAGAAAGCCUUCGCCACAGCACUUUGGAACACACUUUGCGGCACAAAAAAAACACCACCAAAAUUCCGCGCUCAAAAGACAGCAGUGAACGGAAAGGUACUUGCUGCUUUCGUGGGCAAACCACGCAGGUUCAUCAUUUUCUUUGCACAUAAGUGUACUUGUUUACUUUUGACCACGGAGCCUCGAAAACAAAGCAAGACCUCUCAUUUUUAUCUUUAACACGAGCAGCUCUGAGUGUUAUCAGCUGGGUACUUCAACUGGAAUAUUACUUGACAGACAACACAGUUUUCAAUUGCUCUGGAUUGUUGGCUGUUAAAAAAAACUAUGCUUUUUUCUUUUUACCAAAAUAAAUGUCCGUAACAAUUUUACCUCAGGAUCAUGGAAACAUACGAUGCAGGAACCAUGCAAUGGUUCUCAUGAAAACAAAUACCAGAGAAUGAUGAGAAUACAGUAACACAGAACGUUGACUGGAAGCCACCAUCGGAUUUGUGGGCUAACUGGAAAUGGACGUCCCUGUUAAGAAAUGACUCGAGCCUUGAAACUCAGUGUAAUACACAUAUUUCAAGAACAGACAGCUGCACUAAUGCACCCCUAUACGAUUCUUCGAAUUGUAUGGAAGUGCUAAGGACUCACAGAGCUAAGCAGCCCUAUUUAGCCUGAAACAAUUGUUGGCGUCGUUAUGGAGAACAUAAGUAACAAAAUAAAUAUUUGCUACUUAUCUUGAAAGUGAGCCUUGAGAAUGUGUGUGAGCCAUGAUAACUUUGAGGUCACACAUUUCUUUUUGGAGGUGUACACCCGUCCGUGACCUUCCCAGCAACCAGGUGCUCCCGUGCUGUCUGGUUAUGAAGCAGACUCGUGAUAUUUAACAGUAUUCUUGUGAAAUAUAAAAAAAGCGUUUGCUAUUUGGACCUAGAGCCAUUCACUUCACAGCACUUGUUGUGUACCCGCGCAAAGAUGACAUGGAAAUGGCUAGUGGGAUGUUUUGGAAGGGAACAAAUGGUGCACAAGAUGACCUUUCAAAGAAAAUGCAACUCUAUACAAAUGCGGUAUUGCGUGUAGCAUCUUGUCGUAUGGUUAUCAUGAAGUGGCUUAAUGCAAUCUGAGAGUGAAUUACAGGGUUGGUUCGAGGAGAAUUAUUUGAUGGCCUCGGGCUCCCAUGUUAAUGGGCCUGCCUCGUACUAAGAAGACCGUAGCAAGCCGGCGCGGAUGAUAGCGUGUCACUUUUGGGAGGGGCCUCAACGAGUGCUGAUAGAUGAUUUUCGGGAAAAUGCCGCUUGUCAAUUUGAAUUGCGUAGCUAAAGUUAACGAUAACCGAGGUGGCCCUGUAUGAAUGUAAGUGGCAAUGCCUUGGGGCAGUUUAAAGAAUAAAAAGAGGGCACACUAAUGGAUAUAUACUAAUUGCCUGGCUAAAGCCACAAAGAGUAACACGAUGGUAUGCUAAUGCAAUUAUAAGAACUGUCUGGCUAGAGCCAAUAUUAUGAAAAAGAGGGCACUGUAGUGGAAUAUCAAAUAAGUUCCUGGCUAAGACCAUGAAUGGUUAACGAGGGCAUGCUAAUGGUUAUAUGAUGUGCCUUGUUAGAGCCAUAAAACGUGCAAAGCGGGCAUGAUAAUGGCUUUAUAGCAGUGAUGGGCAACUUCGACUUGUUGGUGGACCACACGAGUCCACUAAUGACCGCACGCAUCACCCUACAGACACUGAGACCAAGCCACCACGAGGGUUGCCCACCACUGAUUAUUUUUUAUUGUCUUGUUGAUCAUGCCCCCCCUCCUCCCAGCCUUCUCAGUUCUCUCGGAAGGAAUUGCAGUGGCAGUGGUGCUUGACAUGCACAGGCAAAAUUCGCCUCGUGCGUAUGUGCAUGCGCAUGCACGUGUCGUGACGCCAAUUGUGCGCGCGUGUCCGUCCGUGCACGUUUUCACGUGUGGUGGCUGCUUAAGUGCAAACGCAUCGGUGUGCAGUUCAUCGCACACGGCGAUCCUUAAGACAAUCCUGUCCGGAUCAAACCUGACAUGCAAUCAUUUACUCGCUAUCGGAGCCAUAC